AUAAACCCCCAUUCACAGCUCUCCUUUUUGACUCUUCUCCAUCUAUCUCCUCUUCCUCCAUUAGUCCAUUUUAAAUUUUUCAAAUCAUCAUUUCUCUCUCUCUCUCUCUCUCUCUCUCUCUCUCUCAGGGGUUAGGUUCAUUUUUUCCAUCCUUUUCCCUCUAAUCCAAUCAGCAAAAUCAUCGAAUUCCUUCCUCUGUAGAAAUACAAUACAAACCCAAAAGAGCCCACCACCAACCAAGCCCUUCCAAGAAACCAGAAGAUUCCCUUGCAAGAAGAGAAAAGCAAGGCAAAGAACAGAGCGCCCCUCCCCCCUUUUUCUUCCUUCCUUCCUUAUCUUCAACAGCAAACUCCAAGAACAGAGAUUGAGGCACUCUUCCACCACCCUUUGCCCUUUAUUUUCCUGAAACCCUAGCUUGGAGUUGUCUUUCAACCGCAUUUUGAGGGGAAGAGCAGCAGAGGUGGAGAAAAGGGGGUGAAAAAAGAAAGUUAGGGUUUCCGUCAAAAUCUAAUCUUUUCCCAAGAAAAUGUCACAGCUGAAGCAAAUGUCUCAUCUUGACAUCCCUUCAACACCCGGAAAAUUCAAGAUAGACAAGUCCCCAUAUAUGCACAGGUUGAGGUGGCAUUCAUCUCUGGCCAAGCUUACAUUCUGGUCCUUUGUGUUCUUGGGUUUGAUCUUCGUCUUCUUCUUCCGAUCGCCGUUUUCGUCUCCGAUCCCUACAGAUCACUCCCGUCGAUCCCUUCGAACCUACAAUUGGGGCGGCCCUGCCUGGGAGAAGCGCGUCCGAUCCUCCGCGAGAGUUCGCUCUCGCAAUGGGAUCUCGGUGCUUGUCACUGGCGCUGCCGGCUUCGUCGGAACCCAUGUCUCCGCCGCCCUCAAACGUCGUGGAGAUGGUGUCCUAGGGCUUGAUAAUUUUAAUGACUACUAUGAUCCAUCAUUGAAGCGAGCUCGCCAAGCACUUCUUGAGCGAACAGGGGUGUUCAUUGUGGAGGGCGAUAUCAAUGAUUCUCCGCUGCUUCGGAAACUCUUUGAAGUUGUUGCAUUUACCCACGUUAUGCAUUUGGCUGCUCAGGCCGGCGUGAGGUAUGCUAUGGAGAAUCCCAGCUCAUAUGUGCAUAGCAAUAUUGCUGGUCUUGUUAAUCUUCUUGAAGUUUGUAAGUCUGCAAACCCACAGCCCGCGAUUGUGUGGGCUUCAUCUAGUUCGGUGUAUGGACUCAAUACCAAAGUUCCCUUUUCGGAAAGAGACCGGACGGAUCAGCCUGCUAGCCUCUAUGCAGCCACCAAGAAGGCUGGCGAAGAGAUUGCACACACUUAUAAUCAUAUUUAUGGCCUUUCACUUACUGGGUUGCGAUUCUUCACGGUUUAUGGUCCUUGGGGAAGACCUGACAUGGCAUAUUUCUUUUUUACUAGAGAUAUUUUGAAAGGGAAAUCAAUUCCGAUUUUUGAAGCUCCAAAUCAUGGCACGGUUGCUCGGGAUUUCACCUACAUUGAUGAUAUCGUGAAGGGCUGCGUUGCAGCAUUAGACACUGCAGAGAAGAGUACGGGGACUGGUGGGAAGAAGAAGGGGCCUGCUCAAUUGCGGGUUUUUAAUCUGGGAAAUACUUCACCAGUUCCAGUUUCAGACCUUGUGAGCAUUUUGGAGAGGCUUUUGAAAGUGAAGGCAAAAAGAAUGAUGCUAAAGUUGCCACGAAAUGGCGACGUGCAAUUUACCCAUGCAAACAUCAGCUCUGCUCAGAGGGAGCUUGGCUACAAGCCCACAACAGAUCUGCAGACUGGUUUGAAGAAAUUUGUCCGGUGGUACCUCAGUUACUACAAAUCUGGGAAGAAGAGUGCUGCAUAAAACAUUUUGGCCGUUGUGUGGUAGGAUUGUUCGAAUUUUUGUUCAUUUUGAUUCUUAUGAUUGUUUUAAAUCUCUCAGUUCUUUGCUCAAUCAUGUUCUUUGCAUAUAUAUAUUGAUGAUGCCAUAUAAGAGGGAAACUUGUAUCCUAUGUUGAAGAAGUUUUGUGGUUAAUGGACAGUUUUUGCUGGGCACUCCUGAGCUGCAUCAAGCAAAAGCUGGAACCACUUUUUUUUUUUUUUUGUUCAAACUCUCAGAAUGUAAUUGUUGUAGUUUUGGUGCUGUAGAUUGUUGGACAUUUAUCAUAUCUGUGCAAUUCAAUAAAAUAGUAAAACAUGGAUUUUGUCUUA